AGCUUCUCGUCUUCGGUGUAGCCGCUCAUGGCUUCGCCGACGCCAGUGAGACCCGCCCUGGGUCUGUGUGGCGGGGAGCGCCGUGUCCUUCGCCGCGGCGCACGGCGGUGACGCCACCAGGGUGCGCGGCGGUGGGCCGGGACCGGCGUGUCCCUGCGGGGCCGCCUGCCUGAGCCCGGGGCCGCCUGCCUGAGCCCGGGGCCGCCCCGGCGCGGAGCGGGCACCGCGAGGUCCGGCUCGGCCCGGGGCCGCCCCAGCGCGGAGCGGGCACCGCUCAGUCUCGCCCAGCUCCUCCCUCCCGCCGCGGCGCCCAGGCGAGGCCGGGGAUGCGCGGCCUGCCGGGCCCGUGGCCAUGGCCGAGCCGGACCUGGUGCUCCGCUUCCAGCGCCGCUUCCUUGCAGCUCGGCAGCUCCGCUCCUUCCCCUGGCCGGUACGGGGGUGCGGGCGGCCGGGCUCGGGCGCUGGUGCCGCGGCAGGCAGGGGCUUAGCUUUGUUUCGUGCCUUUCAGGAGCUGGAACAACACCUGCGGGCUUCACCGGACUCCUCCUUGCUGCUGGAUGUUCUGCACAAGACCGUCCUGCACCCUCUGUGUGUUAAAUAUCCCCCUUCCAGCAAGUACAGACAGUGCUUCCUCACCCAGCUCAUCAGGAAGCACGAAGCCACAGCAGCUGAGCCCCUGGAUGAGCUCUACGAGACCCUGGCAGAGCUCCUAAGGGAAGAGGAAUGUCCUGCUUGUUACAAGAGCUACAUCUUGCCCACGGGGGAAUCUGUCACCCUUUCUGAAAGCCUGGCCAUAGUAUCUGGAGGGACCACAGGGCUGGUGACCUGGGAUGCUGCUCUUCACCUGGCUGAGUGGGCAGUGGAGAACUCUGUGCUCUUCACCAACAGGACCAUCUUGGAACUAGGAUGUGGGGUGGGCUUCACUGGUAUUGCCAUCUGUAAAACCUGCAGGCCCAAGAGAUACAUCUUCAGUGACUGCCACCCCUGUGUCCUCCACCAGCUGACACAAAACAUCCUCUUGAAUGGCUUCACCCUUGGGCCUGACUCUGCUCCUUGCAUCCAAGGGGAGUCUCAGGGCCAGGGGGCUGCAGGAACAAGUUGUCAGGUGCCACAAGUGAUGGUUGCAGAACUUGACUGGGGCUCAGUCACACAAAGGCAGCUGCUGGACCUUCAGCCUGAUGUAAUCAUUGCAGCAGAUGUGAUCUAUGAUCCAGAGAUCAUUGUAGCCCUAAUUGGGAUGCUAGAAAAGCUCUCCACUUGCAGAGCAGAUGGCAAAUCCCCUGAGGCCUACAUUGCUUCCACCAUCCGUAACCCAGACACCUACCACCUCUUCCAGGCUCAGCUCGAUAAAGCUGGGAUCAGAUGGCAGCUGCUUCCAGCACACAGCAGCAGCACUUUGCUUUCUGACGUGCAGCCAAACCUAUCUGUCCUGCAGCUCUUUCUAUAGACUAGGCCAACAGGGCAGAAUCAGAAUCUUCAGCCCAGCAGGAUCUCUCUGCUCCUUGUGAUGAGGUGACCUGGAGUUCUGGACACCCAGGAGAGGCACUGAGCACACAGCUGUGUGCAGAGGUAAAGCCAGUGCCAGCUCUUUCUGCUGUCAGCACGGACACAAGCAAGCUGCAACCCUCAAGCAGUAGCAAAAGAAAGCCCUACUUAUGCUGCACGGAUUCUGCAGAGGACAACAGGCCUGAACUCUCUUGGUUUCAGAUCUGGAGCUCUUCAAGGCCAGGUUGGACAAGGCCUUGAGCAACCGGUGAUGGUGGGAGAUGUCCCUGCCCAUGGCCCAGGCUUAGAACUGGAUGAUCUCUGAGGACCCUUCCAACCCAAACCAGUCUGAUUUUGUGAGUUGUAGACUUGGAGCAGCUCACACUGAGAAGGCAGCAAACCCAAGGUGGCAUGGGAAUAAAGGAUUUUUCAGUACUCAGAACAGCUCUGUUCUCUCCUCCUGAGUUUCACCCCUGUCUGUGCAGUGUGGGGCACCUGAAAAAGGAGUUACACCUCCAGCCAAGGUGCUGCAGAGUGCCAGGGGCUGAUGUGCUGCAGGAGGAGCUGAGGGACUCUGCACUGCAGCAGCUGCAGCUUUACUCUGCAGCAGCGACACAGACCAGAUCCUGAUUUGCCACUGCUCUCAUGGCAGGACUGGCACAAGGAGCUGUUGGGAACCCUCUCAGACUGGCCAGGAAAUACAGCAAGAGGCAGCCUGCAGCCUUCUGCCUGUGCUGGAGGGGGCAAGAACUGAGCUCACCUGCUCUGGCACUUCCCACACAACUGUCUGGCCUGCAAAAGCCUUUCAAGAUCAUCCAGGCCAACCACUCUCUACCUGGUUGGGGCCGAGCCAUGGCCCUCAGCACCACAGCUCUGCCUCUUGGAAAAAUCACCAGGGAUGGGCAUUGAACCACCUCCCCAGGGAGCCUGGGCCAGGCCUUGAGAAUCUUUUCCAGGGGAGAAGACUCUUCUUAUAUGCAACCUAAUCCAACGGCAACUUGAGGCUGUU